AUGGAUGCUGCUGGGGGAAGGACGCGGAUGGGCCUGCGGAACCCGGCCCGCGGCAGCAGGGAGCUGGUGGGAUGCUCGCCCGGUGCUGAGGCAGAGCCUGGGCCGCUCAGCGGGAGGAAGCCUUCGUCUCCUGGACCGGCCGACCAGCACCAUCCUCGCAUCGUGAGCCCCGCGCUCUGCCCGCCUCUGCGCAUCCUCUGCGGGACCCCCAUCCCCUCCAGCAUCCCUUUACCCCCCACCCCACGGGGUUCGUCGGAGAGGCUGGAAAACACCCCCCUUCCCAGUCCUGGACUGCGCCCGGGGAUGGAGGAGUGCUGGGGCAGGGACCCCCGCUUUGGGGCACCGGUUUGGGGUGCGGGGCGGCACCGCCGCGUCCCCCCUUGGUGUCGUGCUGUGUUCACUCUCCGCUCUACCCGUCCCCAUGGCAGCCGGAGGAGCCCGGGUGGGGGAGCAGAGCUGCCCCCCCCUCGCCCUGUGUCCCCCCCCUCUUUCUGCAGCCCCCCGCAUGAGCCGUCGGCAGCAUGGCCCCCGCGGGCUCCCCUCUCUGUGUACCCCCUGCACGCUGUUCCGGUGGGACACAACCACCUCCCCGUCCCGAGCAUCCCUGUGCUGUGCUGGCGCUGUAUCAAUAAACUGUGCGGUCACCCCGGCCGUGUCCCGCGCCUCUGUCCCUGCUCCAGCCCCGGGGGUGCUCCGGAGGGGAGGGACAGGGUGGGGAGGGGGGACCGGGAGGUGCUGUGA